UUUCCCCUCCCUUCCGCUUCCGCGGUGGCUGCCAACACGUCUUCGGAGAGGUCUCUUGGGCUGGUGCUCAUUGUCAUGCGCACUGCCAGUCGGGCCCUUGAUCCAUCCCGAGCAAGUAUUUAAGGGCUCCAGGGGUUUUGUCUUCCCCCUUCUCUCUUUUUUCUCCCUUUUCUCCCUCCAGCACCGUCUUUGCGUUCGUUUUUCAAGGACUUUUCGCAUUCUCAUCUCCUUCGAGCUAACCCCUUAGUCCCAUUUUCUUCACUGCCCCCUCCCCAUCUGACAUUCUCCGCCAAAAUGUCUGACAACACCGUUUACCUCAUCACGGGCGCGAAUAGGGGCAUCGGCUUCAAACUAGUCACCCUGCUCCUCGCGCGUCCGCACACCAUCGUCAUCGCCACUUCGCGCUCUCCCACCUUUCCACCCCUUGCGGCCGACGCCACCGUGCAUCCCACGAGCAAGCUCAUUCCCUUCCACCUCGACGUGGUCGUUGCCAACGCGGGCAGCUCGACGGGCUUCAAGGAUGUCCUGCACACGGAGCCCGACGAGAUGCUGCGCGAUUUCGAGGUCAAUACCCUGGGUCCCGUGAGGCUGUUUCGUGCCGUGGCUGGGUUGAUGCAGCUGCAAGAAGAGGGUGCGAAGAAGGAAAAGAAGUUUGUCUUGAUAACCAGCUCGAUUGGCAGUAUUGGCAUCAUGGACUUGGAGAAGAUGCUGCUUCCUGGAGUGGGCUACGGCAUGAGCAAGGCCGCGGCCAACUGGUGGGCUAAGAGGAUUAGUUUGGAGUUUAAGGAUAAGGGUUUGUUGGUUGGGGUUUUGCAUCCUGGAUGGGUCAAGACGGCUAUGGGCCAGGCGCUGGCCGAUGCUCUUGGCCUCAAGGAGGCAGCGAUCACUGAAGACGAGAGUGCCAAAGGGGUGCUCGAGCAGAUCGAUAACUUGACCACUGAGAAGUCGGGUCAGUUCCUGACGUACAACGGAAUGCAGCUGCCUUGGUAAGGUGGAACAACCUGCCAGCACGCCGAGGAUGAGGUCUGGGUUAUAUAUAGCUUGACGGUUCUUGAACCGUUGCCGGGUGUUUAGUCUCGUCUGCCUAUAUGGGUGAUGUGAUUAGAUAGCAUCGUGAAAACCUAAGUUAGCUAUCAAAUAGG